ACAGGAGUGACAACUCACCCAUGUUUUUGUGAGAAAACAGCUGUUUUAAUUAAACAGUUUCUAAAAUUUUUAUUGCUUUUGGAAGUAGACAUAAGAAAUGGAGACAUCAGACAGUGAAUAUUUCGAGAGUGCUGAUGAGGAUUUUCAAUCAGACGACGAAGAUACCAAAACUGUUUCAAGUGUUACAAAAACUCAAGAAAAUACUGUAAAUGAUUCAAUAAGUAAAUUAGAUCACGUAAAACUAGAGGAUACUCAAGAAAACAACAAUAAAAAGAACGAGAAAGGUAAAACUGAUUUACAGAACGAAAUAGAAGACAACAUUAAUUCCAACGAGAUUAGGGACGAUUCUGGCAUUCCAAAAACACAGGCAACAAAAAAAUUAGGGAGUAAACUUUGUAAUGUUGAUAACGUCAAAGCUUCAAAUGAGGGCAAGCCAAAAAUUGUUAAGCAUAGUAAAGGAAUUGAAGUUACAAAAAAACUAGGUACGAAAUUGAGUUGUGAAAAUGACAAAACACCUCAAGACAAUUUAGAAUGUGCUAAAAAGGAAAAGAAAGUAAGUGAAGAUGUUUCUAGGACUGUAGAACAAAAACAGAUAAAGAAUGAAACUUUGAAAAUAGAAGAUCAUCACCGGAAAGAAGAUCCUUUUGAAGAAAACCUCUGGGAUGAAUCUGAAAUUGACUGGGGAAAAGAAAAGGAUGAAGAAAAUAUGUGGGAUAACGAUGAUGAUUGGGAACCAGUAAAUGAACCAACAAGUCAGAAAGUGGAACCACAGCGAGAAAUAAAUGAAUCUCCGCAAGUAAAAGUGUCUUCUGGAACCAGCAGUUGGGGCUCGUGGGGCAGUUGGGACGUUUCCUCAAUCAUAUCAACAGCAACUCACGGAGUCUCAACGCUUACGCAAGGAAUUAGCACAGUUCUUGAAACGGGAAUAGGAGUCCCAGAUCCGGAAGAACUAGCGAAAAUAAACCAAGCAGAAAAAGAAAAAUCAAAAGAAACCAUACGUGAAGAGGACAUUGACAAUAACUCUGGUUUUGGGCUAGGAAACUUAGUGAUGGGGGUGUCACAACUCACUAAAUUAGUUGAGACAACUGGUACCAAAGUGAUUUCCGGAGGUUUGGAUACAUUGGAGACUAUUGGUAAGAAAACAAUGGAAGUGCUACAAGAAGGUGAUCCAGGUUUGAAGAAGAAAAGAGCGUUCUUGAAGAUAGAUCAAGAUAAACCGGUACUUUCACAAUUAUUACGUGAAGCGAAAGAAAAAGCCGAACAAGAAAAUAAAAUCUUGGAAGAGAAACAUUUCGCGAAAAAGGCGAAAAAUUAUGAAACUUUAUUUGAUGAUCAUCAAGGUCUCGUACAUUUGGAAGCAUUAGAGAUGCUUUCAAAACAGUGUGACAUCAAAUUACAAACUUUGUUGGAGUCUUACACUGAUGAAUCUUUAGUUGAAAUGCAGGAAACGAUGGAUCAAGUGAAAGAGCUUUGUGAAUUGCCUGAUGAAGAAGAGGAUGAACAUGCAAACUGGAGUGAAAUCCAAGAAAAACUGGAUUCAGCUGUUAGUGAAAUUAAUAUCCCAAUGUCCUAUAAGAAAUUGGUUGAAACUUGGGAGGAAACUGAGUCGUGGUUGAAUAACUUGAAACUGGAAAUUUGUGACGCCAGAGAAUUGCACCAACAAGCUGUUGAAACUUUAGCACAGUUAACUGCAAUCGCAGUGGAACAGUUUCACAAAGCUGGGGAAUUGUUGCUAGUGAAAGAACAUAGAAGCACCGCUGAUGAAGCGGAUAGUUUAGUGCAGUUGACAACAACUUUAACAUCGCUAAUUGGCGUCGUCGCCGCAAAAUUCUCAGACAAAUUGAACGCUAAAAAUUCCAGCUCAAAAAACAAAGAAGAAAUAAACAGUCUCAUAACAAAUGUCUUUUUUGAGGUAACAAAAGUUUUAAGUAGUAUUCAUUUUAAUUGUGAUAUAUUACAGGCUGCAAAUAGUAGUUCUUACAUUCAAGACGCUUUUCAACUUUUAAUACCUGUUCUUCAAGUGGGCGCGGUGUAGUCUAAGUCUCAUCAUUUUUGUAAAUAACGAGAUAUUAAUUUAUAAAAAAUAUCUAUUACAAUAAAGCUUUAGAAUCUAU